AUGGAAGGGAUAGAACCUUUCAAAUCGUGGGAUGAGUUCAAGGUUGCUCUAAUCGCCAGGUUCUGGCCGUCAUUCCAAGGUUCUACGCAUGAGGCACUGGUGGCAUUGAAACAAUACUCCACCGUGACUGAAUAUAGAGAGGAUUUUGAAUCCUAUACGGCGCCGUUGAAGGACUUAGGCCCAUCGCGUGGAGGAAAAAAAAUUGGGUCAUGGAUAAGAGUCGGCCCAAAACAUUCAGGGCCUAAGGAUCCAGGGAAAGCUACUCACGAGUUUCUAGCAGCCCAGACCCAAAUCGACCCACAUGGUGGUCCAACCCAGCAAAGGCACCCAGAAACCCCGACCCGACCCGUAUGGUGGCCCAACUUAACAAAACCACCAGAUCCAAGCCAGAUCGCUUCUUCGCGCACACCCGAUAGGAAAGAGAGAUCAUCGGAAAAUGCAAGCGCAAGUUUCCGAGGGGGAUCAGGAGGGGGUUUCCGGUGUUUGUCUGAAGCCGAUAUCCAAUACAAGAGAGAAAGAGGGUUGUGCUUCCAAUGUGACGAAAAGUUUGGCCCCAAUCAUCGCUGUCGAAGCAAAUCACUGCAGAUCCUGUUGGUGUUGGAUGACGAUGAGUCUGAGAAGAGUGAAGCCCCAUCGGAAAAUGACGAAAAUCACAACCAAGAGGGAAACGAUUUAGCUCUGUCCAUGAACUCCAUCGUGGGUAUAACGUCAGACAAGACAUUGAAGGUAAAGGGUCAGAUUAGGGGUUCAGAGGUAGUGGUGUUGGUCAACAGUGGAGCGUCACACAACUUUAUUUCUCUGGAGUUGGUUGAGAGACUUGGUAUUGCAGUGGAAAAAGGGAAAAUCUUUGGAGUGAUGGUGGGAAAUGGAGUCACUGUGAAAGGAGAAGGGGUAUGUCGACAGGUUACUCUGGAUGUGCAAGGAAUUCAGAUUAGGCAGGAUUUCUUUUCCUUUGAGCUCGAGGGAGCUGACAUUGUUCUGGGUAUCACGUGGUUGAGCUCAUUAAGGGACGUAUGUGCUAACUGGAAGAAGUUGACUAUGAGCUUUGAGGUAAAUGAGGUUAGAGUUAGUUUACAAGGGGACCCUUCCUUGGUGAAGUCGGUUGUCUCCCUGAAAUCAAUGUUACGGACCAUCAGUCACAAUGGGGGAGGAUUUCUGGUGGAAUGUUGUUCACUAGGGAGAAUACUCACGACCAUAGAGGAAGAACUCUGUCCACGAGUUCAGGCAGUAUUAGAUCAGUAUAGACACCUUUUUGACCAACCCUCCAAAAUCUCUCCACACCGUACCUAUGACCACACCAUAAACCUUAAAGAAGGAGCACCAGUCCCUAACAUCCGACCUUAUAGGUAUCCUUAUUUUCAAAAAAAUGAAAUAGAGAAGUUGGUGGAGGAAAUGUUAGCUGCCCGUAUUAUCCAGCCUAGUACCAGUCCGUUUGCCAGCCCGGUGUUGUUAGUCAAGAAAAAUGAUGGAAGUUGGAGGUUUUGCGUUGAUUACAGGACGCUCAACGAUAUAACAAUUCCCGAUAAAUUCUCAAUCCCUACCAUUGAAGAACUGCUGGAUGAAUUAGUAGGGGCAACUAUUUUCUCUAAGCUCGAUCUUCGAUCCGGAUACCAUCAGAUCAGAAUCAAGGACGAAGAUAUCCCCAAAACAGCCUUUCGAACACAUGAAAGGCAUUACAAGUUCUUGGUUAUGCCGUUCGGUUUGACCAAUACUCCUUCGACGUUUCAGUCUCUGAUGAACAUCAUUUUUAAACCAGUUCUACGUAAGUUUGUGCUUCAGAAGCUGGAAUAUCUGGGGCAUCUAAUUUCAACUAAUGGGAUUAAGGUAGAUCCGCAGAAAAUUGAUGCUAUGGUUUCUUGGCCCACACCCACCAAUGUGAAGAGUCUUUGCGAUUUUUUGGGAUUAAUGGGGUACUAUCGCAGUUGGGACCAAGAAGCGCAACAGGCCUUUCAGGCCUUAAAGGAAGCCAUGACUUCAGUUCCUGUUCUGGCAGCCCCGGAUUUCAACUCCCCAUUCGAGAUUCACACAGACGCCUUGGGCUAUGGUAUGGGGGCUGUCUUAGUUCAGAAUAAAUGA